CCACGGCCCAAAUACUCAACGAAUCGGUGCUUAAGUUCUCGGUGGAGAUGUACACGCAACUGCAGUCCCAAAACGAGGGCGGCGAGAACCUCAUCUUUUCGCCUUUCGGCAUCGCUGUGGCACUUACCAUGGCCCUCACCGGCGCUCGCAAUAACACCGCCGAGGAACUCGCCAGCCUGCUGCACGUCAAAGACCACCAGGACAAAGGCCACGACCACUUUCCGCAAUUUCUCAAUAACCUCUCCCAAUUCGCCCCGGACGUCGAGUUCUACGUGGCCAAUAGGAUUUACAGCGGCCAACAGUUCAGAGUCCACAGAAGCUAUCGUUCGCACCUCGAGAACUCGUACGGAGCAACUAUCAGAACCGUCGACUUCAAGAAAGGUCACGAAGCGGUUCGGCUCGAAGCGAACGCAUGGAUCUCGCAACAGACCGUGUCCAAGAUUCGGGACCUUCUUCCGCCCGGAAGCGUUGACGCCGGAACUGCGCUAAUCCUGCUGAACGCUGUUUACUUCAAGGGGUUCUGGAAGUCACCCUUCAGAGCAGCCGACACGGCACCUCGCAACUUUCACCUCGACUCCAGGAACACGGUUCGGGUGGACACGAUGUUCCAGCACAGCGAGAGUUACAGGCUGGGCAGUUCCAACGAACUCAGGGCGCGAGCUCUGGAGAUCCCGUACAGAGGUGGCACGAUGUCGAUGGUCAUACUGCUUCCGGACGGAAUAGAAGGCCUGCCAUUUCUGGAGAGGCAACUUUCGUGGGAGCGACUGAGCUCUCUACUCAGGUGCCUCAAGAGAAGCAACAACGUCCAGCUCAGCCUUCCCAAGCUCAAGCUCGAGCAGCGCCACGUCCUCAACGACGUUCUCAAGGCGCUUGGUGCCGUGGACCUCUUUACGCCGGGCGUCGCUGACCUUUCGGGCAUGUUCCAGGACGCCAGGCCGGCGGUCUCUGACAUCGUCCACAAGACGUUCCUCCAGGUCGACGAGGAAGGCACGGAAGCUGUGAAUGCCGCAGCCAUAAUGCUGCGCUCCACCCUCAGGAAAUGGCGGCCAGCACACUUCACCGUGGAUCAUCCUUUCAUGUUCAUAAUCAAGAGCAAAGAGCCCGACGUAAUUCUCUUCAUUGGCUCGGUGCGGCGGCCGUAACACCCCGCCCAGGCUAGUCGCAAUAAAUACCCGUUUUGUAAUUA